AAAAAGUCGAGGCCGCAAUCCGUCGAUCGUUGGAUAUAUGGACGUGAUAUAUCAGCAUACAUCUAGCUCAAUCUAGCUCAAUCUAGCUUAUGACGAUGACAGUAUUGUCUUUUCUGAAUAGUCCUCAUAAAUUUAUAAGUGAGAUCUUCCAGUUUCUGCUCUUCCUCCUUGAGAUUGAGCGCAAAUCUCCUCGAAUCAUGCUGCGAAGAUCAGGGUCUUCCGCCAAGUCGUCCAUGUGAUUCUUUUCUGCCUGAUUGGUGUAUUAGCUCAAAGGUGGUCCAACAAGCUGGCUCUUUGGGAGCAUCGUUUCUGGAUUUGUGAUUGGGGUGGUGGUGUUCAUAUUACUGGCGUUGGCGCCACUUAUAACAAUCAAGGGUAAAUCAGUUGCCGUCUUGCUUUUCAAUGCUGGCAUUGCAGACCCUCUGCGGUCCUCGGGCCAUCACAAUCUUUGGUCAUCUUGGUGCAGGGACAGCAAAGAUUCUUCCUGCCCCACGAUUCCACCUGCCUAUCUUGACAUACUCUGGAAACAUCAGUUGGACACGGUCUAGAGGGGCACAGGCCCCAACACAAAGCAGCGACCUUUCGUAUCAAUCACGAGCUUUGGCACUAGCAUCAGCUGCCUUUCACGGGGCAGCACUCUUGGAUUUCCAGCGGGAAGUAGAUUCAGAAGAGCAAUCGAGAUAUUUCAGGACCACAGAUUGCAAAACAACCAUGGCGGCCGCAGCGCCCAGCAACAGCGCCAGUGGUCGUGAUGGUAGCGGAAGUGAGCGGCAGACGGUGCGCGCCAGCAUCCGGGGAGUGGUGCAAGGUGUUUUUUACCGUGCAUGGACAAAAGAGACUGCGGACAGUCUUGGUCUUGACGGGUGGGUUAGAAAUCUGCCAGACGGAAGUGUCGAAGCUGUAUUUUCAGGGCCAAGUUCAUCUGUCGACCAGAUGCUCACGUUGUCAAAGAGGGGGCCGAAGUCGGCCAGAGUCGAACAGGUAGAUGUUGAACCAUACAAGGAUGAUGUGGGGAAGGGCUUUGAAGUCAAACGAGGCAAAUAUUAGUCAGCUUGGGCAUGUUUGAUAUGAGAAGGAAGCCACCUAAUAGUUAACAGCACGCUUGCAAAUAUAGACUAGGACCGUUUGAAGAAAGAGAUCAGGAUUAUCAAUGUACGGUACUAAUAUGUAACUCUUUUUGUGAUUUGAACUGGAAUUUUAGCUAUACUGUUGUCCAAGUAACCCACCCUGGGACCAGCGGCAAGUUGCAUGUGCUUAGAUCGACG